CCUAACAUUAGAGAUUUUCAAGGUAGCUUGUUUGAACUUUUUUCAUAACACAUCUUAUCAUUAAAAUGGCUCAACGUGUUACUUACAGAAAGAGAAAUCCAUACAACACCAGAUCUAACAAGAUCAAGGUCGUCAAGACCCCAGGUGGAAAGUUGGUUGCUCAACACGUCAAGAAGACUGCUUCCAGAGUUAAGUGCGGUGACUGUGGUCUCGCUUUGGCUGGUAUCUCCACUUUGAGACCAAGAGAAUACGCUCAAGUCUCCAAGACCCACAAGACCGUCUCCAGAGCUUACGGUGGUUCUAGAUGUGCUAACUGUGUCAAGGAAAGAAUCGUCAGAGCUUUCUUGAUCGAAGAACAAAAGAUCGUCAAGAGAGUCUUGAAGGAACAACAAGACAAGGAUUCUAAGAAGUCUAAGAAAUAAGCGGUUUUUAUUAUUUGAAUAAAAUUGUACGUUACUUGAAAAAUUAGUUUAUUGGAAUAA